GUAGUUGAAAGAACAAACAUACCCAUUUUAAUUUUCUGCAAGCACAAGAUGAUGCAUGUUUCUCCUCCCUAUUUACUUUCACUACUUCUCGUUUGCUUCUUUGUUGGCACCACCGCGAAGAUCACAACUUCAAUCCCUCACAAUGGUGGAAUUGCUUCCAGAAAAGACAUUACGCUUUCUUAUACAAAGGUAACACCAAUGAUAAAAACUAGCACCGCUACUAGUAAGCUAAACAAGCUUGAAGGAGAGGCGAUAAGCUGGGUGAUGAAUCAUCGUACAAGAAGUUUGAAUCAAGUGAACAUGGAAGUAGUAGAGACUCCAAAUAAGAAGUCAUCUACAAAAAACAAUGUAGUUGUUACAAAAUGCGACAAUGUAUCUUCAAAGGUUUCAUCAAAAUCAAUAUCCUCGUCGACUAAAGAAGGUUCAAGUAAUGAAAAAUGUCAAAAACUUGGAAGAAAACUUAUACCAAGAAAACAAGAUAUGGAUACUUUUGUAGCUUAUGCUGAUUAUCGUGGACCGCAACGUCAUCCGCCAAGGAACAACUAAGGAUAAUAAUUAAUCAAAUAUGCAUGAAUUACUUAAUUAAUACAAGCUUGAUCUCUAUAGAUUUUUGUUUUGGUUGCACCAUUAAAAAUGGUUUUAUAAAACUGUACGUUUUUUUUUAUAUCUAUCGUUUUUUUGUACUUUGAUUUAUCUUUUGUUUGUUGUUUGUAAUCUUAUAUAGUAUACCUAUGUCUUUUAAGUAACAAAGAUUGUCAUCAAGACCUAAG